AUUUAUUAAUUCCAGCCCCACCACCUGCUGCUUGAUAUUUAUUCAAUCUUCACCUCUUCUUCCAAACACUAUAGCAAGCAUCGAUCACUUUAAAAUUACCAUUUGGUGAUGGUGCCCGUUGUUUUGUCUCUCUUAUUCUUCUCAUUCUUUAUUGGGGGUUCUGAGGGUCAGCUUCAAGUGGGUUUCUACUCCAACACAUGUCCUCAAGUAGACUCCAUUGUCAAUGCCAUUGUUAGAGACGCUGUUCUCUCUGACCCCAACAUGGCUGCUGUCUUGCUCAGACUUCAUUUUCAUGACUGCUUUGUUGAGGGAUGUGAUGGUUCGAUUCUGAUCGACAAUGGUCCACAAUCUGAGAGACAUGCAUUUGGACAUCAAGGGGUUAGAGGGUUUGAAGUGAUAGAAAGAGCCAAGGCACAGUUGGAAGGGUCUUGCCCCGGCGUGGUUUCUUGUGCAGACACAGUGGCAUUGGCAGCCAGAGAUGCCAUAGUCAUGGCAAAUGGACCAUCAUAUCAAGUUCCAACAGGGCGAAGAGAUGGGUUGGUUUCCAAUGUUUCGCUAGCAGAUGACAUGCCAGAUGUUAGUGAUUCAAUUCAGCUACUCAAGACCAAGUUUAUGAACAAGGGCCUCACAGUGAAAGACCUUGUUCUUCUCAGUGGUGCACAUACUAUUGGAUCUACAGCGUGCUUCUUUAUGACUAGAAGACUGUACAACUUUUUCCCAGGUGGUGGAGGAUCAGACCCAGCAAUUAGUCCAAACUUUCUUCCAAAGUUAAAGGCAAGGUGCCCUGUGAAUGGAGACGUUAACGUUCGGUUAGCCAUGGACGAAGGGAGUGAGCAUAAAUUUGACGUAAACAUUCUGAAGAACAUAAGGGAAGGUUUUGCUGUGCUAGAAUCUGAUGCCAGGCUCAAUGAUGACAUAGCCACUAAGAAUGUCAUUGACUCAUACUUUUCACCCUUUGGUCCAUUGUUUGAACCUUCUUUUGAGGCUGAUUUUGUUGAGUCUGUUGUGAAUAUGGGACAAAUUGGUGUCAAGACAGGUUUUCUUGGAGAGAUUAGACGUGUGUGCUCAGCAUUCAAUUGAACUAAAUAUGUACUGAACAAUUGAUCAUAUAUUUAUAAUAAAAUGUGUGAUUUCGAUCUGGUUAUCU